GUGACAGAUUAAGAACACAAUGUACAGAAUGGAUGUUCAGGCACUCACAUACGUCGCCUGACUCACGCAGUGUUAUCCACAAGCCCUGACACUCCAAAUCAGCAACUUUUACCGGGACAGCUGACUUCCUGGACGUGAAUACGGACAGGAAAUCUGGAGUUAGGAGCCGUCUAGAUGCUACACUGCUAGCGAGCUUUUUAGCAGCUUGAGUCGCCUCUGCAGAGGUCAGUCAGGCUCAGCAGGACAGGGAAGAUGGGAGGCUACGUAGAAACUUAGCUUGGUCACGAAGCUUCAUUUUACUCUUACUUUUAUCCUAUUUAACGGGGAGAAUAAAAAAUGCUGAAACGUUAGGAGGCGAACGGCAAACACUUUUUUUGCGCUGUUAUCGGUGAGGAUGAGGAGCCGCAGUAACUCGGGAGUGAGGCUGGACGGAUAUGCCAGGCUGGUCCAGGAGACUAUCCUGUGUCAUCAGAACCCAGUGACAGGACUUCUCCCUGCCAGUGUUCAGAAGAAAGAUGCCUGGGUGAGGGACAACGUGUACAGUGUCCUGGCUGUGUGGGGGCUGGGCAUGGCUUACCGUAAGAACGCAGACCGCGAUGAAGACAAGGCCAAGGCCUACGAACUGGAGCAGAGCGUGGUGAAACUGAUGCAGGGCCUUCUGCAGUGCAUGAUGAGACAGGUGGAUAAGGUGGAGAAGUUCAAACACACUCAGACUACAAAGGAUUGCUUGCAUGCCAAAUAUAACACAGCUACCUGCGGCAUGGUGGUCAGGGACGACCAGUGGGGCCACCUCCAGGUGGACGCCACCUCCAUCUACCUGCUGAUGCUGGCACAGAUGACAGCCUCAGGUCUCCAAAUAAUCUCUAACCUCGAUGAAGUAGCUUUUAUCCAGAACUUGGUUUUCUACAUUGAAGCAGCCUACAAAGUGGCGGAUUAUGGGAUGUGGGAGCGAGGUGACAAGACGAACCAAGGCAUCCCCGAGCUCAACGGCAGCUCAGUAGGAAUGGCCAAGGCAGCUCUGGAGGCAAUCGAUGAGUUGGAUCUGUUUGGAGCUUACGGAGGUCCAAAGUCAGUCAUCCACGUUCUCCCCGACGAGGUGGAACACUGCCAGGCCAUUCUGUGCUCCAUGCUACCAAGGGCCUCAACUUCCAAGGAGAUAGAUGCCGGCCUUCUGUCCGUUAUUUCCUUCCCUGCUUUUGCUGUGGAGGAUGCUGAUCUGGUGGCCAUCACUAAGUCAGAAAUUAUAAGCAAGCUGCAGGGUCGCUAUGGUUGCUGCCGCUUCAUCAGGGAUGGAUAUCACUGUCCUAAAGAGGAUCCAUCUCGACUGCACUAUGAUCCUGCGGAGCUCAAGCUGUUUGAGAACAUUGAAUGUGAGUGGCCCGUUUUCUGGACGUAUCUCAUCCUCGAUGGUAUUUUUACUGGAGAUCAUGUCCAGGUGCAAGAGUACCGAGAGGCUCUAGAAGGCGUUUUAAUCAGAGGGAAGAAUGGCAUCAAACUGCUGCCUGAACUUUACGCUGUACCACUUGACAAGGUGGAGGAGGAGUACAGUAAUCCUCACACUGUGGACAGACUGGCCAUGGGACAGCUUCCACACAUGUGGGGACAAUCCCUCUACAUCGUGGGCUGUCUUCUGGCUGAGGGCUUUCUUGCAACAGGUGAGAUAGAUCCUCUCAACAGGAGGUUCUCUACGCAGUUCAAACCUGACGUGGUGGUGCAAGUCUGUGUUUUAGCAGAGUCAGAAAAGAUCAAGGAGUUGUUAAAAGGUGCUGGUGUUACGGUACAGACGAUAUCAGAGGUUCUGCCUAUUAGAGUCAUGCCCGCUCGCAUCCUGAGCCACAUCUAUGUCAGACUGGGAAACUGCAGGAAGCUGAAUUUGAGCGGGAGGCCGUAUAGACACAUCGGUGUUCUGGGAACGUCCAAAUUCUAUGAGAUCAGGAAUCGUUCCUACAUCUUCACGCCUCAGUUUUUGGAUCAGCAUCAUUUCUACCUGGCGCUGGACAACCAGAUGAUCGUGGAGAUGUUACGAACCGAACUGGCCUAUCUUUCUUCUUGCUGGAGGAUGACGGGACGGCCCACGCUCACCUUCCCUAUCACACACAGCAUGCUGGUUGAAGAAGGGGAUGCAAUAGAUCCAUGUAUCCUAUCCACGCUCAGGAAGCUGGAAGACGGCUAUUUUGCCGGAGCGAGGGUGCAGAUCUCAGAUCUGGCCAGCGUCCAGACCACGUCGUUCUACACUCGCCUCACCUUCCUGGAUGAAGAGAGUGAUGAUAGUUUUUUUGAUGAUGUAGACGAUGAAGAUAAUGAGGAAUACAGAGCAGAAUAUGAAACACCUGAUUUGGGGUCUAAGGAUAUGUUUGACCAGUACCUCACGCAGCUCCUACACAGCACUACCACCAAGUCCCACCUACCUCCCAUCCAGAGGGGGCGACAUCACGUCUUCAGCCCUGAGCACACCACCAGGGACAUCCUGUCGUUUAUGGCUCAGGUCCAAGGCUUGAAAAUGCCCAAGUCCUCCUUGUAUCUUCCUGUGACUGCGAUAACAAACAAGCAUCGGAGAUCCCUGAAUCUCCUUGAAGUUUCUUAUCCCCAGCCUGGCCCACAGGCGAAGCAGCCCGAGCCGCCCAAGCUCUGCAGUAUCUCUGAGCUGCACCUGCCACGAGACUCUCAGGGCAACACCGACUUUGCAGCACUGGUGGAUCAGAUAAAAGACUGUCCCACUUUGCAGGACCAGGCUGACAUCCUCUACAUACUCUAUGUUAUGAAAGGAGCGGAUUGGGUGGUGGAGUUGUCAGGUCCUGGACAGGGCGGGGUCAGUGUGCGCUCGCUGCUCGAGGAACUGUAUGUGCAAGCUGGAGCCUGCAAAGAGUGGGGGCUCAUUAGACACAUCUCUGGAAUACUACGCAAGAGAGUGGAGGUCCUCGCUGAGGCCUGCACAGAUCUGAUUUCUCAUCACAAGCAGUUGACUGUUGGUCUUCCUCCUGAACCAAGAGAGAGAGUGAUCACGAUUCCACUUCCUCCCGAUGAGCUAAACACUCUGAUAUAUGAAGCCAGUGGCCAGGACAUCAGUAUAGCAGUACUCACCCAGGAAAUCAUGGUGUACUUGGCCAUGUACGUGCGCUCCCAGCCGACGCUCUUCGGUGACAUGCUCCGCCUCAGGAUUGGACUGAUCAUGCAAGUGAUGGCCACUGAGCUAGCUCGCAGCCUGCACUGUUCUGGAGAGGAGGCGUCUGAGAGUUUAAUGAGUCUGAGUCCGUUCGACAUGAAGAACCUGCUGCAUCACAUCCUCAGUGGCAAAGAGUUUGGGGUUGAGAGAAGCAUGCGUCCAGUCCAGUCCACAGCCACUAGUCCUGCAAUCUCUAUUCAUGAACUGGGCCACACAGGAGCCACGAAGACUGAACGCACAGGGAUUCACAGGUUAAAGAACGAGAUAAAACAUCUGGAUGGCUCUCGACCUCUCAGUAUCUUCAGUGGCGGUCUUUCCUUGAGUAGCAAUGUAACUUCCCCUCGCUCCACGCGUUGCAGCAGCCCCUCCACCCCCAGUGGAAUUCUGUCCCCUGUGGGACAUGGUCCGGGAGACGGGCUGCACUGGGAGGAGAGGCAGGGCCAGUGGCUGAGGAGACGCCGGCUGGAUGGAGCAAUCAACAGAGUGCCGAUGGGUUUCUACCAGAGAGUCUGGAAGAUUCUCCAGAAGUGCCAUGGCCUGUCCAUUGAUGGAUACGUGCUGCCCUCUUCCACCACAAGAGAGAUGACAGCCGGAGAGAUCAAAUUUGCAGUGCAAGUGGAGUCGGUCCUGAAUCACGUCCCUCAACCAGAGUACAGGCAGCUGCUAGUGGAGACUGUGAUGGUUCUGGGUCUGGUGGCUGAUGUGGACGUAGACAGCAUUGGUGGAAUAAUCCACGUGGACCGCAUUCUGCAUUUGGCCAAUGAUCUUUUCCAAAAUGACCAGAAAUCCCUCAGCGCCAGCGAUUAUUUCCUCGAGAAGGACCCAGCUACCGGAAUUUGCAACUUCUUCUACGACAGCGCCCCGAGCGGCAGCUAUGGCACCAUGACUUAUCUCUCCAAGGCAGUCGUCACCUACGUCCAAGACUUCCUGCCGAGUUCCAGCUGCCUGAUGCAGUGAACAGACUCGAACCAGCUGAAUAAAACCUGUCUGGUAACAAAAAUUUAGCAGAGCAUCUAAUUUGUAUCUCGUGGUUCUAGUGUUAAUUAUUCAGUUGGCUCUCAUGUACUUGGCAGCUUAUGCAGAUUUCUUUGUACAAAUUAAUUGUAUUUUGUUGUCCGCAUUGUGAUUGCUGUUUAAAUGUGUGGACAUUUUAAAGUAUUUAAAUUACAAAUUUGUAAUGGUACAAGCACUGAUGUGUGUUUUUAGGUCACUUAAUUUAUUUCAGUCCUUUUUAAGGUAAAACGUCAGACUACUGAACUGAUUCGUAAUCCAUAUAAAAUACUUUGAUCACUGUGCACACUACUUAUUUCCCUCAAAUCAAUAAUUUAUUUCCUUGCUCAGUUACUUUUAUUUAUACUUAGCACAUUUUGAAUUUUAUUGUCUUGGUAUAAAUAAGGCUCACUUACAGUGGUGGAGAUAAAACAUUAGUUUCUCAGUAUGUCUGGAUAUGAAUGUCACCCCAUAUUUUUCCAGCUGAAAUGUCCCGUCAGUAUAUUAAUGGUUUAUUUAUUUGCAUUGAAAAGAGGAACUCUUGUGGUUUGCAGGACUAGGUUUUAUUGCUAGUUUUUAUAAUGUUCUCCAGAAGGGAUUUAAAGAAAAAGUAUAGUUUUGCUAAUAACUGCAGACGGUAACAACUUUAAUCAAUCGUACUUAUUUAAAUCAACUUUAUAGCAGAAAUGACAUCUGUGCUGACUGCAUGCACCUUCGACUGUGUACAACUGACGGGUACAGAUCAUGGUGUAUUCUGCCUGAAAUAAACACUUUUACAUCCUG